CACAUAACCAGCACAAGAGAUCGACAAAGCGAGUCACAACUGGCAUACGUAUCUCGUGUGAACGCUAUUCUCAGCACACGUGACGCAGUAACCAAGAUUUAGGAACCACAUUAUGUCGCGCUGGAUAGAGCUGGUAAAUAGAAAACAAUCACUCGUCUACGCUACAGUCAACGCCAUGGAACAGGAAUAUAAUGAAACCGUGAGAGCGAGCAUAAUGUCUGACUAUAACUGGAAGUCAUUUGCGCUAAGAAAACUUCCCCACUUUGACAAUCAGCGGGCAAUGACGUUACUUAGCACGAUCACCGUGUUCUAUAUAUGGUACCAAGUGUUGGCGUUUGAAAAUUACUACGACAAACAUUUCCAGAAUAAUAUGCAGCCUAUCAGCUGGAAACAUCUCGGCAGUGUGAUUAAAAACAGGACAUUAUUGUCGAAUGACGAGUACAACACUACAGUUAAUACAACCCUGAUUGAUACAGAAAUGUCAGAAUUUAUCAAAUCGGAAGUAGAGAAUAAUGAUGAAGACCAGCCACAUAUAUCGCAAAUGCAGGACAUUACUGGAAACAGUGAAGCAACGAGAGAAAAGACCUGCCGUAAAACAAAAAAUGUGAUGUUCCUGAAAACGCACAAAACGGGCAGUGAUACGAUAUCGGAAAUAAUAAUGCGUUUCGGUGACCUGAACAACUUGUCGAUGGCAUUACCAAGGUUCAGCGACUAUGACCUUGCGUACCCAAACCUUCCUAGACAAAUGAUGUUUUUAAAACCAACACAAAACGCGUACAACUUGUUUUUCUUACACACUAUCUACAAUAAGACAUUUUUUGACUUCAUAAUGGCGCCUGAGUCCCAGUACGUAACUAUUAUACGAGAACCUUUCAUGCAAUUCCAAUCAGCUUUCUCGUUUUUCAAAAUCGCCGACGCAUUGAAUUUAACCAAUACAUCUGCGCCUCUGCACACAUUUUUAAAACAUCACGACACAGUAUGGAGUAAAAGAGAACCUCAAUUUUUGAAAAACUUCAUGUCCUUCGACCUCGGGUUGCCAACAGCGGACGAGAAUAACGUCACAGCUGCUUGGCGAUUUAUCCAAAAACUUGAUUUCGAUUACAAAUUGGUGAUGAUAAUGGAAUACUUUGACGAAUCAGUUGUGCUGAUGAAACGGUUACUGUGCUGGGAUUUAAAGGACAUCUUGUACAUACCGAUAAACGCUGGUUGGCGUGUAAAAGCAGUAACACGUGCAGGGGACCGCGACCUAUACAAGAAAUUCAGUCCCGUAGAUCACCGUUUAUACGAACAUUUUAACAGCACGUUUUGGAAGAAAGUCUCAUCGGAAAUAAACUUCUCUGAAGAAGUUAGCUAUUUUAGAGAUAUUAACGCAAAGUUCUUACAGUUCUGCAAACAAGUAUCGUCGAACGAGACAGUUACAUUGACAAUACCUUCUUCGUAUUGGUCGGGUUCUUUCAUAAUCGAUUCCGGUUUUUGCUCCAAGUCCAGGAUAUUUUUGCCAGACUAUGUUCAUAUGUUGAAAAGUAAAUUAUAUGACACGGGUGACGCGAUAUCUAACCCCAAGCUAUGGAACAUUGUGUGA